AUGGACGAGGACUUGAAAUCCGUCGCCGGCCGCUCAGAACGCUCAGAGGGGGCAAACACUGCUUCGACAGCUCUGUGUCAAAACUCCGCCGCCGGGACGGUGGUAGACGGACAAGUCUUCUUGAAGGUGCGCAGCUGCAUCGCUUGCGGUCGCAAGAACUGCGACCUAAACGAAAUCAGGGCAGGCUUUUUGUCGAAAAGCCGCUUCACAGUGUGGCAUAGAGGCACCCCAGAGGAUCCUCAGUCCAAGCACGACAGGGUUUGCCAGCUCACGUACCAGCACGGCGCCUUCGGAGACGAAUCCAUCGAAGAGUUUGUCAACAAUCGGAUGAAAAGAGAUCCGCAGCUGCAGGCCGAGUUCAUAGCAGCUCGAGGUGCCAUGCUGGAGCUGCUCAACGAAGGCAAAGCGCGGUUCAGGGGCAAGACAAUGGACUCCGCCAAGCAGCGCCUGGAGCUUGCCAGAAAGAAGUCUGUGGAGGAGUUCAAGGAGGCUUCGACUGAGGUGGUGACGGGCUACGUGUGCUGGGACCGGGCGCUCUUCGAGAAGGAGCACCCAGGCCUCAUAGAAAAGAAGGGUUUGAAGGUGGCGAAAAAGGUCAUAGACGGAAAAAAACGGGAGGUCGUGAUGAUCAGGAAAAACCGCGAGGGCAUCUGGGACGUGAACGUCACCGAGAAGACAGGUGUUCGACAAAUGGAAGAAAUCGACAACGGCGAGCACGAGAUCCAUGAGGGUCAGCACAGCUUGAAGUUUUCCUCCUCAAAGAAGCGCCUGCACAACGCACUUGCCGAGAAAGCGAACGAGUCAAGCGUGCUUGCGGCUGACAGCCAGGAAGACCUGAAGGACAAAGCGCUGCCGAGGCUGGCUGAGUCUUCGGACGAGGACGGCGACUACGGGGUGAGGAGCACUUUGCUGGACGAGGGCGAUAGUCCGCCAAGGAAAACCCAGCGGCCGAACCCAAGCAGCGGCAGUGGUGCCAACUUGCCUGCGCCCAAAAACAAAGCCAGAGGCGGACAGCAAGCGCAGAAUCCGAUUCCUGCUGGCAGCAAGUUUCCCGAUUCUGCUGUCAGCAAGCAUCUGUCAAGUGAGAGGCGGGAGUCUCGAGAGCAACCUCCAGGACCUACAGACAACAAAGCGGAGACAGCCGGCCGAGGCCGGCCGAACAAGUUUAACAACAAGACGCCGGUGGAAGUCCUGGAGUCCAGCGGCCUGGUGGAGGUGAAGACUUGCCGGCAGAGCGUGCAACUUGCCAGCAACAAUUUUUUCUGCUCAGAGUCUUGGAAUGUUGAAACAACGGAAGUUUACAAGAAGACGAUGGCCGAGUUCUCAGGGAAGACUAGCGAGUACCAGAGGAAGGCCACCGCGCUGGAAGCCAAAGUGAAAAAACGGCAAAACCGGCCAUCUGAAACUGAUGAGCUGGCAGGAAGGCAGAAGGAGCUUGCGAGCAUGCUUCACGCAGCGGCAACAGUGUUUCAGCUGUCAGCUAAGAGAUCGCCCAACACAGACAAGAUGGAGCAGAUCCUGACAACUUUGAGACAUGAAGGCUUGGAGGCAGGACUUAAGAUUCGCGAAGUGCCCAUGGCCUGGUGUGACUUGCUGCUCCAAGAGAAGCUCGCGGAAUGCUUGCGCUUCAAGAAGUUGGACGAGUUUGCGCACACGUGCCAGCCAGGGAAAGGUCCUUUCGAGGGAGUUGCAGACGAGCGAGCUGACGUGAUGCAAGCCUGCAUUCACAAGUGCCUUGGCCAAAUUUUGUGCGACCUUGUUCCGGAUCCGGCUGUCAGCCAGAAGAAGAACAAGAAGGGAGCAGCAACUGCGAAAGAAAGGAACGCUCAAAUCCAGACAAUGCUGGAUCUGGCCUUGCGUUUGGUGGAGGAAAACGCACUGCCGGAGGAGAUGUUGCGAGACUUGGACAUCCUAGCCGAUGCACUUGAUGAGAAAAGAGCGGACCAUGCUACUGCGCACAACCGGCUGUCAGCCUGGAAGCAGGACGACGAGUACUUUGGUGUUUUGCGGCCAGUGGUCAGAAAUGAGCACUGGUCUGCGCUCGUCCAGCAGUUUUCCGCCCCAGCCUCCGCCGCCUCGACCUCUGCCUGCCUCCGUUCUGCUUGCAACAAGGUGAACGGGAACACGUCGCCAGUGUCAGAACAGGACAGAGGCGAACUUGUGGGCGCACUCCAGGGCUCGGCUGAGCAACCGGCCGAUUAUGACUAUCUGAAUAGCGUGUUGUGCGGUCUGCAGCUGUUGGCAGAAGAAGCAAACAAGCAGCAAAAGGACUUUGUUCUGCGCGUUUGCAAAGACAUUUGCGGCCGUGGUGUGUCUGCUUCAGAUUUUCAUGGGGAUGAGGAUUUGAUGGAGCAGAUGUUCGCGAAAGGUCACUGGGAAGUUUCGGUUGUGAAGAACGCAAUUUCAGAGAGUGCAGCAGAGCAGCAACACAAGAACACGGUGCUGCAAACCUGCGAGAAGCUUGCGGCAGCGAGCAGCAAAGUUUGCCUGUGGCAUGGGUUGCUGAACGCCAUACUGACUUUGGCCAAGACGGCGCAGGAGCAUGCGGACAAUGGGUUGGAUGCAAACGUCCAGAACAAUUUGGUGCAGUGCUGGAGUGAGGUGAAACACCGACUGCAGACAGACCCGGAGAUAGCCGCAGCAGCUCAGCCCGUCAAGGAGGCCUUGGAGAACUUGCUGAACGCCACGAAGACUGAGCAAGUGGGACCUCAGGUCUACGAAGGCGCCAUGACGGAGCUCCGGCUGUCAGCCAUGGAACUGCUGAGGCUUGCCAAAGAGCGCCGCAAGCCAGAAGUGCAGGAAGCUGCUAGCAACUUGCGAAAACUCGAGCAUCGCUGCAUGCAGUGCUGCUCGCUGUCAGACACGCCGGUCUUCGCUAGGUCUUGCGUCAGCCUUGUCACCACCGAGUUCGCCGGUGUGUGUGAGGUGUUGCCUUCCGCUGCCAGCGAGCAAAUACCGGAUGAUAUUUUGAACAGCUCGGUUAUGCAGCACUUGCGAGCCGCCAAUGACAAGGAGACCAACAAGCAGAAGCUGGUGCAUGUGCUGCACUCUAGCGGCUGCGAGCAGUUCUUGGAGCAAGCGUCCAAGCUACUGGAAAGGCUGGAGCCACUUUUCACAGCUAAGAAUCUUAAGAAGGUGUCACUUGAAAAGCUCCUCGUGGAGGCUGCUGCCAGUGCAAAAGCCAAGCUGGUUAAUCCCCACAUGGGCAUGGAUGAGUUCUUGCAGUCCGCAGCCUCUGGUGAAGCUCUCAAGAAAGCCUUGAAGCAACUGCGUGCAGCGGAAAGGGACAUGCAAGGCCACGGCAUGCUACAGGACGGCUCUGAGCUGCAGCGCGACGUCUCUGAAGUCAAGGCGUCUUGCCGUUUGCAGAUCAUCAAAUGGGGAAUCGUGACUUUGGUCGCCAAUGCCGACAUCGUGGCGGACAACAGCAAGGGGAAGGGCCUCAGGAAAACUUUGCGGGACGUCUGGAACAGUCAUUGUGAUGAUGGUGAUGUCAAGAGUGUCCUGGGGCAGGCGGUAGUGGACUUGGUAGAGCAGUCGUUGGCGACACCAGAGAAGACCGAGGACCCCGGCGCCGUUGCGCCCAAGAAGCGUGGUAAAAAAAAGUAG